GUCGAGCGGAGUUACUUUAUUAUCAACGGCAGCCAACAUCUUCAUUUUCAAAAGUGAAAAAUUAUGGCUGCAUUUGCAAAACCAGGCACACUUACUUGUCUGUAUUUACAGUCUCAUCUCAAAGAAUUUCCUCUCUUAGAUUGCACUUCCAUCCGACCACGGAUCAGGGAUCCUCGAUUUUCCCAGCUAAAGCUCACAAGAAAUGCGUCAAAUCUUCCUGUUAUUAGAGCCCAGAACUCCCGUGUCCCUGUAGAUUAUACCCCGGAAUCCAAAUUCUACAAAGUGGAAGCGGUGCUCAGGCCCUGGCGAGUCCAAAAGGUUUCUUCUGCUUUGCUGAAAAUGGGUAUCCGUGGUGUCACGGUUUCUGAUGUUCGAGGCUUUGGUGCUCAAGGGGGAUCAACAGAGCGACAUGGUGGCUCUGAAUUUUCUGGUGACAAGUUUGUUGCUAAAACAAAGAUGGAGAUUGUGGUGAGCAAAGACCAGGUUGAAGCAGUAAUAGAGAAGAUAUUAGAGGAGGCAAGAACUGGAGAGAUUGGUGAUGGCAAAAUUUUCUUGAUACCCGUCUCAGAUGUCAUAAGAGUUCGCACUGGUGAGCGUGGAGAAAAGGCUGAGAAGAUGACUGGGGGACAAUCUGAAAUGCGUUAUGCUGCAUGACCGUGUUCAAGUUGCAAUAUGAACAAAUAGCAAGAUUAGCAUAUAACCUUAUUACUGUAUCGCACUUGCUAUUCUUAUGCCCAAUAAAAAUAAGAGGAAAGACUUUGUGAUGA